AUUUCAUUUCGUCCCCCAUUAUUCUCCUCUCCAAAAAAGCCUUCAACUUCAAGUACACCAUUUUUUCUUGAUAUUCAGCUCUCUCAAGAUCCAUAGCCAUUUCCGCAGCAACAAGAACUUUUAUCAUUCUGCUCUGCCAACUUUAUCUUUCUUUUAUUGUUUUCCUAUUGUUUCUAAAGCAAGUCAUAAAGAAAAUAUAGAAUUAGGAGUAGUGAUCAUCGCCUCUGCUUUAGAUUCUCCAAAAUUUAGUAUUAUCCGCUUUAAUUGUACAACACCCAUUUCGCCUUGAUCUGUAAUCGUUCUUUUUCUAGUUACCACAUUUUAGUUUCCGCCAUAUUUUUUGGCGACACACUCUCCUAUAUUCCCUUUUCUCCGUGUUUUCUUACCUCUCAAAAUUAAGUUCGUUUCAAAUUCAGUCACUUGAGCUCCAGAUACUUUAAAGUUUACUGCUUUAUAAGCUUUCCUGAUUUUCUUUUUGAUCUUUUUUGUCUGAGGCAAUUUAGUUUUCUGGGUCUUUUUCUUUCUGUGAAAUCUUCAGCUUUGCUGGGUUCUUCCUGAUCUUAACUUUUUUAGACCGGUUUAAUCUUAUUAGGCCUCAGUUAAACUGGGUUUGACUAAUUCUUUUUCUUCAUUCCGAGUGGAGCUACGGUACAAGCUUUUCUUGAUAAUCGUCGUCGAGGUUUUUGAUGCUUUGUUUCUAAGAUGCAGCCUGAUCAAAGAAAGAAGGCUUCUUUAACACAUGCUUGUGUCUCCAUUGCAAAGUUGUGGCAGGUCCCACUAGAAUACCAUUUCCAUGUAAUGAUGACCACAACAAAUGUUUGUUCAUUCAUUUCUUCUUUUCUGGUUGGGGAACUGGGGUGUGAUGGUGGUGGUGGACUUAGAUUCAUGAAGUCAUCUGUUGAUGUGGAUUUCUUCACUGAAUAUGGUGAAGGGAGCAGGUACAGAAUAGAGGAAGUAAUUGGUAAAGGAAGCUAUGGCGUUGUUUGUUCUGCAUAUGAUACCCAUAUUGGAGAAAAGGUUGCAAUAAAGAAAAUAAAUGACAUCUUUGAACAUGUUUCUGAUGCCACUCGCAUACUUCGAGAGAUUAAACUUCUUAGGCUCCUGCGUCAUCCAGAUAUAGUGGAAAUCAAGCACAUUUUGUUGCCUCCUUCCAGAAGGGAAUUUAAGGACAUAUAUGUUGUCUUUGAGCUUAUGGAAUCUGAUUUACACCAAGUUAUUAAAGCAAAUGAUGAUUUAACGCCAGAACAUUAUCAGUUCUUCCUUUAUCAACUUCUCAGGGGCCUGAAAUACAUACACACAGCCAAUGUGUUUCAUCGGGAUCUUAAACCAAAGAAUAUCUUAGCAAAUGCUGACUGCAAGCUGAAGAUCUGUGACUUUGGGCUUGCAAGAGUAGCAUUUAAUGAUACCCCGACUGCAAUUUUCUGGACAGACUAUGUCGCAACAAGGUGGUACAGGGCUCCUGAAUUGUGUGGAUCAUUUUUCUCAAAGUAUACACCAGCAAUAGACAUAUGGAGCAUUGGAUGCAUUUUUGCUGAACUUUUGACUGGAAAACCUCUUUUUCCUGGGAAAAAUGUUGUCCACCAACUGGAUCUAAUGACUGAUCUGUUGGGAACGCCAUCACCUGAAGCUGUUGCCAGGGUGCGCAAUGAGAAAGCUCGAAGAUAUUUAAGCAGCAUGCGGAAGAAGAAACCUAUUCCUUUCUCUCAGAAGUUUCCAAAUGCAGAUCCUCUUGCACUUCGUUUGUUGGAAAGAAUGUUGGCAUUUGAACCCAAGGAUCGACCCACUGCUGAAGAGGCCCUUGCCGAUCCAUAUUUUAAGGGUUUGGCCAAAGUUGAGAGAGAGCCUUCUGCUCAACCAGUUACUAAGAUGGAAUUUGAAUUUGAGAGGCGAAGGAUAACCAAGGAAGAUGUGCGAGAGCUCAUAUACAGAGAAAUUCUAGAGUACCAUCCUAAAAUGUUGAAAGAAUACUUGGAAGGUUCAGAGCCAACAGGAUUCAUGUAUCCGAGUGCUGUUGACCAUUUUAAGAAGCAAUUUGCUUACCUUGAGGAACACUAUGGAAACGGUGCAACUGUUGCUCCACCUGAGAGGCAGCAUGCAUCCUUGCCCAGGCCCUGUGUGUUAUAUUCAGAUAAUACAGUACAGAACUCGGUGGAAGUCACAAAUGAUCUUUCCAAGUGUUCCAUCAAAGAUAUUGAGAAGCCACACGUGGACCGAAGUGGUGGGAUCCCAAUGACAAGGCUUCCCCUUCAAGUUCCUGAAAGUAUUCAAGGUGCUGCAAGGCCUGGGAAAGUUAUUGGUUCAGUAAUGCGUUAUAACAAUUGUGGAGUGGCUGCAAAAGCAGAAGCUCUUGAACAGCGAAGGAUGGUCAGGAAUCCAGCUAUUUCAACUCAAUAUGCUGCUGCAAACUGUUCAUAUCCAAGAAGAAAUCCAGUGUGUAAAAAUGAAAGGGGAGAAGAUGAUGGGGUUGAAGGCUCCACUGGGUUGCAGCCGAAGCCUCAAUACACAGCAAGGAAAGUAGCUGCAGCUCAAGGUGGAACUGGGAAUCACUGGUAUUGAUGUUAAUGUGGCAAACUUGAAUGCUCUGACUGCCUAUAACGAGCGUAAUAGUGACAGUCAUUGAAGCAAAUUCAAUUGGACCGAUCAUGCUGCCAAAGUGAAUUCAUAUGUUUCUAAUGCUGUAAUUUAGUGGUUUUUUCAACCAGUUCAAUUGCAUGAGAAGAUUUGAGGAAUGGACUUCUGUUGGAGGACGUUAGGCAGCAAAAUGUAAUUGAUCACUAAUUUUCAGUUGAACGGGUCCUUUGGUGCUUACCAUUCAUGACCAUAUAGCUCUCUGAUUUAGCUCAAUAAGCCGGAGGGGGAUGUAUGAUAACGUGAAUGAGCAAAGACAAAGGGAUGGAUUGACAUGCCUAGUUAAAAUAUUCUUUUCAGUUUUCGAAGUUAGAAGUAAGCAACUUCUUUAUUGUCCCCUCACUCGGGGCCAAAGCUCAAUUGUUGAUUGUUGUAUCAUUCUGCUUUGUUAUUUUAUACCUGACAUAAUGAUCUUCUUCAUUAUGAACAAGUAGCUGCAUACAUAGCAAAUCUGUUCUGCAGCAUCAAUCAAAGGUUUCUUGUGGGUAAAGCGAACAUUUUCUCA